UGCACUUGAAUAUUGAAGUGGUCACUUUGUGCUUAACUGGUGGGAUUAAAUAUCAACGAAAGCUUUCAUAUCGGUUGUAAGUUAGUAACUUUGGGAAAAUACGGAAGCAACUCGAAGCGCUACAAUAAGGAGGGGCAAUUAAUAAGGAUAAUGAACGUAUUUUUGCAAAUGUUUUUAAUUGGAAUCGCAGCGAUUGGCGAAUGUUUAUCAUUGGCAACGCUUUCCAAUAGCACUAUACCGACUGAAGAAAUGUCCCUAGAGAUGGCAAGCAACAGUUCAACCGCCGUGCUAUCAAGGAAGAAAAGAUUUAUCGUGUUUCCGGAAGGUUCAAGUUUUUCCGUCGCUGUUUGUAUGACUGUUGGUGUCAUCGGUAAUCCGAACUAUAACAUGUUCAGUUGGGCUAUGAAUUGGGGUGUAGCGUACAAUUUGCCCAAUCAGACACUAAGUUACCAACAGGAUAUGAUGGAACCGAAACCGAUGGCACAGAGAAGACAUCGUCGAGAUCUAUAUCAAAAGCUGGAAACUGCAAUGAACAGCAUGGGCUACAACGGACGUGGCUGCAUCCUACGAGCACUAUGCGAAAGUACACAAUUCUUCGGUAAGAAAGGAUCUAACAUGGCUGCCGAAAUGCUGCGAAGUUUGUUUAGCUUCCCAAAGUCCAAAGUCCUAUCGAUGGAGCAUAACGAUAUUAGACUGUACGAUGAGGCGCAUCGAAAAGGAAAGAGCCAAAUCCUGUGUCAGUCGCUGUAUCCGGCUUGUGGUUUCUCGUUACUGGAGCUUGCCCUGGGCAAAUAUGCUAGUCCUUUAAGGUUUAUGUGAUUGAACCGACGACGAGUGAGUGACUUGUAAAGAUGCGAUCUUGAAUGUGGUGUACUGAUAAUCAUAUUGAUUGUACGAAAUUAGCAUCAAUGAAGUUAACCGAUGAAAAAUCAUCUCAUAUAAAAACCAUUACUGAUAAUUCAACAGCAAAAAUGAACAAACCAAUACUACCUCAUUUCAUAUAUAUUUAGUUAGUGGCAUAAAGUAAUGAAUGGAACAAAAUGUAAAUAAAAUUGGUGAAACCCUGCUGUUAUUUAUUUA